CGGGAGAGACAAGCGCGGGGAGCGGCCGGCCGACGCGCUCCAGGCGCUUCUCUCCAGCCUCGCACCCGUGCGGCGGCGCGCGGCGCUCGCCUUCCCCCGGCGUCGCCAUGGAGCGCGAGGUCCAGCGGGUGCGGCAGGCGUUCCGGUCCGGCCGCUCGCGCCCGCUGCAGUUCCGGCUCCGGCAGCUCGCGGCCCUGCGGAGGAUGGUGGAGGAGCACGAGAAGGACCUCCUGGUGGCCAUCGGCGCCGACCUGUGCAAGAGUGAAUUCAAUGUUUACAGUCAGGAAGUCAUUACCAUCCUUGGAGAAAUUGAUUUUAUGCUGGCGAAUCUUCCUGAAUGGAUUACUCCUAAACCAGCUAAGAGGAGCCUGUUGACCAUGCUGGAUGAGGUCUGUGUUCAACCAGAGCCUCUGGGAGUCAUACUGAUUAUUGGAGCUUGGAACUACCCAUUUGUUCUUGCCAUGCAGCCCCUGGUGGGAGCCAUCGCUGCAGGAAAUGCUGCAGUUAUCAAGCCUUCUGAAUUAAGUGAAAAUACAGCCAAGAUCUUGGCUAAGCUCCUCCCUCAAUAUUUAGACCAGGACCUGUAUGCUGUUAUUAAUGGUGGUGCUGAGGAAACCACAGAGCUUCUGAAGCAUCGAUUUGACCACAUUCUCUAUACGGGAAAUGCUGCAGUUGGAAAAAUUGUCAUGGCAGCUGCUGCCAAGCAUCUGACCCCUGUGACACUUGAACUGGGAGGGAAAAGUCCAUGUUAUGUCGAUAAAGAUUGUGACCUAGAUGUUGUUUGCAGACGCAUAACCUGGGGAAAGUUGAUGAACUGUGGUCAGACAUGCAUUGCUCCUGACUAUAUUCUCUGUGAAGCUUCCCUCCAGAAUCAAAUCAUGCAGAAGAUUAAGGAAACUGUGAAGGAAUUUUAUGGAGAAAAUAUAAAAGAAUCUCCUGAUUAUGAAAGGAUCAUCAAUCUUCGUCACUUUAAGAGGAUACAAAGCUUGAUUGAAGGACAAAAGAUAGCUUUUGGUGGGGAGACUGAUGAGGCCACACGCUACAUAGCCCCAACGAUACUUACUGAUGUUGAUCCUAAAUCCAAGGUGAUGCAAGAAGAAAUUUUUGGCCCAAUUCUUCCAAUAGUGCCUGUGAAAAAUGCAGAUGAAGCCAUCAGCUUCAUAAACGAACGUGAAAAGCCCCUGGCUCUCUAUAUAUUUUCUCAUAACAAUAAGCUUAUCAAACGGAUGAUUGAUGAGACAUCCAGUGGUGGUGUCACAGUCAACGAUGUCAUCAUGCAUUUUACACUCAAUGCCUUGCCCUUUGGAGGAGUGGGUUCCAGUGGGAUGGGGGCAUAUCAUGGAAAAUACAGUUUUGACACUUUUUCUCAUCAUCGCUCCUGUUUAUUAAAAAGUUUGAAGAGAGAAGGUGCCAACAAACUCAGGUACCCACCCAACAGCCAGUCAAAGGUGAAGUUGGCGAAGUUUUUGCUGCUGAAGCAGUUCAACAAAGGGAAGCUCGGGCUCCUGUUGCUCACAUUCCUGUGCGCGGUGGCAGCGGUGUUCUUCAAGAAAUACCAAGCUCUGCUGAGGAGAAAGGCCCUGUUGCUCUGUCUGAUAGUUCGAGGACUGCUUUGGUCCAGUAAACAGUGACGAGCAGGAAGUUUCAAAGCCCAGCUCUGUCUGUUAAGAGUGAGGUUGGAUACCACUAAAGAACCGUCGUUUAACCUCCUAGUUGCCUCUACUGAAUUAUUUUCGUACUCAAUGGUUAAGGAACCAGUAAUUUUUAAAUCGUACCAAAAUCAGAAAUAUGUUAACUCAGUGUGAUCAGACCUAACAGUUACUGCCACUCAUGAUUAAUAAAACUCCCCAUUUCAGCCAAAUCUGAACACCCCCUAAUAGUAUAUUCUGAGAACCUACUCUUGGUGGGCGGUGAAGUGUGUUAAGUGAGAUCCAUACUCCUUGCGGUAUAAGGAGGUCUCAGAACCUGCUUAGUUCAUAGAAUCCAGUUCAUUGGACACUUCAUUUCCUGCUCUGUUGUGCCAUUAUUUGGUGAAGCUUCCAAGAGCUUAACACUUUCCAGGGCCCACAGUGAUUGUCUGUAGUCCACAGAAGUAAGGUGAGGUGAGAUCUUCCCCGCUCUUUUUGAGGUUUGAGGCACUGCAGUUGACCUUCAAAUUGCAAGUUAGUGGAUCUUCAGGACAAAUCUUUCCUUAUUUCUGUAGAGUGUAUUGAGUGCAAGUAAAUGUUUUGAAAUUUCAGAAAUCUGUCCUUCUGAAUAAGUUUAGCCUACCGAACUUACCAUGAGGGAAUCAUUUCUGUCACAUCCAGAUGUGGUAGCACAUGCCUGUAGUCUCAGCACUUGGGAGACUGAGGCAGGAGGAUCGCUGUGAGUUCCUGGCCAG